AUGACAAGAACAACACCCUCCAACCAUGAUAAACCCAUCGACAAUGCGGCCGACUGUAGGCCAGUGUCGAGCUGGCAUACUAUCAGCAGCUGUGACUUCGCAGCGAACGAGUCUCGGUCUCCUAGCUCGACACAUUCGACCCCUCUACCGUCCCUCCCAAAGAUGGAUCGAACAGCGAAAGCCCAUUCGAUCUCAACUCACGGCACCCGUCCCCCUACCGAAACGAAUCGUCCGUCCCACCCCCCCACAUCCGAAUACACCACACCCGUAACCCCCCUCCCAUACGCAGACCUCACAAUCGGCGUAGUUCGCGAGACGUACCUCACCGAAAAACGCGUAGCUCUCACGCCCGCCAACGCAGCCCUCCUGCUCAAAAAGGGCUUUAAGCGCGUGCUGGUCGAGCGCGGCGCUGGCACAGACGCACAGUUCCCGGACACGGCGUACGAGAAAGCCGGCGUCACUCUAGCAGAAAUGAAGACGGUGUGGACGGAGAGUGAUAUUUUGCUAAAGGUCAGGGCGCCCAGUUUUGAGGGCAGUGUUAGUGAGGUUGAUCUGUUGAGGGAGGGGACCACAUUGAUAUCGUUUUUGUAUCCGGCGCAGAAUGGGGCGUUGGUGGAGAAGUUGGCGAGUAGGGGCACGACAACUUUUGCUAUGGAUAUGAUACCCAGAAUUUCAAGGGCGCAAGUCUUUGAUGCGCUGAGAUCAUUUUGGGAGAAUGAUGACAGCUCAAACGACGGCUGCGGGAUUCCUCCAUGCAAGGUUCUUGUAAUUGGAGCUGGUGUCGCAGGUCUAAGUGCCAUUGGCCAGGCUAAACGCAUGGGCGCCAUUGUACGAGGAUUCGAUACCCGUUCAGCAGCCCGUGAGCAAGUGCAAUCCCUUGGAGGCGAAUUUAUUGAAGUAGAGAUCGAGGAAGACGGCUCAGGGGGCGGAGGAUAUGCAAAAGUGAUGUCAAAGGAAUUCAUCGAAGCCGAAAUGAAACUCUUCUUAGAGCAAUGCCGAGAAGUAGACAUCGUGAUUACUACCGCUCUGAUUCCUGGGAGACCUGCCCCAAAGUUGAUCACGGAAGAGAUGAUUUUGGCCAUGAAGCCAGGCUCGAUUAUUGUUGAUCUCGCUGCCGAGAAUGGUGGAAACUGUAUAAAAACUGUUCCGGGACAACUCGUUGAGCAUAACGGAGUCAAGAUUAUUGGCUACACGGAUCUUCCUUCUCGACUUUCGACACAAUCAUCGACUCUCUACUCUAACAACAUCACCAAAUUUCUCCUCUCCAUAUCACCGGAAGACAAGAUCUUUGGUGUCGACUUAAAAGAUGAGGUAGUCCGCGGCUCGAUUGUCACUUACAAAGGUGGCAUAGUUCCCACAGCUCCACGACCAGCACCUCCACCUACUCCCGCUCAGCCUACCCAGCCACUUCCUGAUGCUGCAGCUGCAGCUCUAGCUAUCACGCCGUGGCAGAAGACUACACGAGAAGUAGCAACGGUCACGGGAGGGAUGGGACUUGCUGUAGCGCUGGGAAAGGCGACCGGUCCGCUCUUUAUGGGUAAUGUAUUUACGGCUGCUCUGGCUGGACUUAUUGGGUAUAGAACUGUAUGGGGUGUUGCACCUGCGCUUCAUUCGCCGCUUAUGAGUGUCACGAAUGCCAUCUCUGGAAUGGUUGGUAUUGGUGGCUUCUUCAUCAUGGGUGGAGGGAUUCUGCCACAUACAAUUCCGCAACUCUUGGGAUCGUUGUCUGUUCUGCUGGCUUUCGUGAACGUCUCCGGUGGAUUUGUGAUUACGAAGCGAAUGUUGGAUAUGUUCAAGCGCCGCGACGAUCCUCCCGAAUAUCCAUGGCUGUACGCAAUUCCUGGAACUGUGUUCGGGGCAGGUUACAUUGCAGCUGCGAGCACCGGUAUGGCAGGUCUAGUGCAAGCUGGUUACUUGGCUAGUAGUUUACUGUGCAUUGGUUCGCUUUCUGGAUUGGCAUCUCAAACUACUGCUCGACAGGGAAAUAUUCUCGGUAUAUUAGGUGUCGGCUCUGGCAUUCUUGCAUCUCUUGCUGCAGUUGGCUUUCCACCGCAGGUAUUAAUGCAAUUCGCCGGUGUAGCUGGUUUUGGCAGUAUUAUUGGAUUGCUCAUCGGUCGACGAAUUACAGCUACCGUACUUCCUCAGACAGUUGCCGCCUUGCAUUCAGUCGUCGGUCUAGCUGCCGUCUUGACCAGCAUCGGCAGUGUGAUGGCACAUAUCGGGGAUAUCUCCAUGUUACAUCUAGUGUCGGGAUAUUUGGGAGUCUUAAUCGGUGGCGUUACAUUUACCGGUUCGAUUGUAGCUUUUAUGAAGCUUGGAGGUCGAAUGUCUUCCAAACCUAUUAGACUUCCCGGACCUCGUCACGCACUCAACUCUUCGUUAUUAGGUCUUAAUGUGGCUACUUUUGGCACCUUCUUGGCUAUGGCACCCGGAGCACCGAUGAUCGCUGCUGGAUGUUUGGCUGGAAAUGCGGCGUUGAGCUUCUUCAAGGGUUAUACUACGACUGCGGCGAUUGGUGGUGCCGAUAUGCAUAUGAGCGUGAUUGCUAACAUGUCCACAGCUGUUGUCAUCACCGUCUUAAAUGCCUAUUCAGGAUUCGCCUUAGUCGCUGAAGGUUUCAUGCUCGACAACCCUCUCCUCACAACAGUCGGCUCACUCAUUGGCGUCAGCGGCUCCAUCCUCUCCUACAUCAUGUGCGUAGCUAUGAACCGCAGCAUAACCAACGUCCUCUUCGGCGGAAUCGCACCCGUCGCAAACGAAGACUACAAAAUGGAAGGUAGCAUCACCAAAACCAACAUCGAGGAAACAGCCGACGCACUAGCAACAGCCGAGAGCGUGAUCAUAGUUGUUGGCUACGGCAUGGCCGUUGCGAAAGCGCAGUAUGCGAUUAGUGAGAUUACGAGAAUGCUGCGGAACAAGAGGGUCAAGGUUCGCUUUGCUAUCCAUCCCGUUGCUGGGAGGAUGCCGGGACAGUGUAAUGUGCUGUUGGCAGAGGCGAAUGUGCCUUAUGAUAUUGUCCUCGAAAUGGACGAAAUCAACGACGACUUCAGUGACACGGACCUCACACUCGUGAUCGGCGCGAACGAUACCGUGAACCCUAUUGCGCUGGAACCUGGAUCUAGCAUUGCGGGGAUGCCGGUCUUGCAUGCGUGGAAGAGUAAGCAGGUUAUUGUUAUGAAGAGGGGUAUGAGUAGUGGUUAUGCCGAUGUACCGAACCCCAUGUUCUUCAUGCCAGGCACGAAGAUGCUCUUUGGCGACGCCAAGGAUUCGUGUGAUGCUAUCAAGGCGGCGUUGGAGGGGAGGAAUAAGCGGUUUGACGUGUGA